GAAAAGCGAACAAACCAACGCACGCUUUACCCUUCCCCAAACCUGUCCCUCUCCUUCUUUCUUUCCCCAUGCUUUUUGAUCCUAUAAAUUAUCAUAAUUAACUACAAAAAUGGUUCUUUCCCACCGGCAACUUCACCAACCCCACGGAACUUGAUCGACAACUUCUUACAAUCCUGGCUUCAUUUCCACCCACAAGAUGAAAUUCCUCAACAAUGAGGUCGCCCGCGAGCCUUUCCAAGUUGAUUCCGCCCGAACUGUGCUGGUGGGCAUGAAAUUGGAUUCCCACAGUAGAGAGUUGCUUACUUGGGCUCUGGUAAAGGUUGCUCAGCCUGGUGACCUUGUCAUCGCUCUUCAUGUUCUUGGCAACCAUGAAAUUGUGAAUCAAGAUGGGAAGUCUUCGCUUCUUUCUCUUGUAAAAGCGUUCGACACUGUUCUCGCUGUGUAUGAAGGUUUUUGUAACUUGAAGCAGGUGGAUCUGAAACUCAAAAUCUGCAGAGGAGAAUCAGCUAGAAAAAUAUUAGUUCGUGAAGCAAAAUCGUAUCGUGCUACUAACCUGAUUGUUGGGACUGCUCGUAAGCACCACAAAAUCCGUUCAUCGACUUCCGUUGCCAAGUACUGCGCCAAAAAAUUACCCAAAGAUUUUUGGGUCCUCGCUGUUCAUAAUGGGAAAGUGAUUUUCGAACGAGAGGGUUGUCCAGUGGCAACAGGGGACUGCCAUGGAAAUGAGGAACAACGCCAUAGCAAUUUACUUGCUGCAGUUUACGGAUCGGCGGGUAGCUCUCCCAAAGUUCAAAGCGGUGAGAGUUUUGGUUCUCUCUUGGCGAGGGACAGAGAUAAUCUGGGAAUUGGUAAGAAUUCUGAUCAGGAAUUUGAAAAAGCCCUAUCAGUUGGAACUGAUAAACAGAACUGCUCAAUUUGUGGAUCGGAGUCGAGUUUUGUGGAACAGUCUGCAGAGAUAUCUUCUAGCGAUGGAGAAAAACAUGAUGAAUCUUUGGCUUUAGUCCCAGUACAAAUAGUCGAGGUAGCUUCGAGCUCGAUUACUAAGUUGAUCAAGCAAUUGCCUGAAGUGAAACCAGGUUGGCCUCUUCUUAGACAUGUUGAUCAGUCAUGUGAAUCGGGUCGACAAGCUUCUUCCGAUCGUUCGUUGGCCAAGCAAAUCUCUGUAGUUCAGUGGGCAAUGAAGUUACCUAGCCGGUCUCCUUUAUAUCCUGCUGCUUUGGAUUACAAAUCUAAUACCUCUGAUCAAUCUUUGGGUCUUGAUGGAGAAAAUGGGGCAAUGGUUCUGGUGGGUUCUGAACCAGUGCCUUCUCCGCUUUCCUCCGACUCUGAUACCGAAACCUUACCGAAAGAAUUGGAAGGUUUCCAUGAGAAAUAUUCAUCAACUUGUAGAUUAUUUAAUUAUCACGAACUCCUUACAGCAACAUCAAAUUUCUUACCCGAAAAUUUGAUUGGGAAAGGAGGAAGCAGCCAGGUUUUUAGAGGCUGCCUGCCCGAUGGCAAGGAGGUUGCUGUGAAGAUCUUGAAGACAUCUGAGGAUGUUCUGAAGGAGUUCGUUAUGGAAGUCGAGAUCAUUACCUCCUUAAGCCACAAGAAUAUUAUUUCCCUUUUGGGAUUUUGCUUUGAAAACAGCAAAUUCUUGCUGGUUUAUGAUUUUUUAUCAAGAGGAUGUCUUGAAGAAAUCCUUCACGGGAAUAGAAAGAAUCCAAAUACAUUUGGUUGGAGUGAAAGAUACAAGGUAGCUGUUGGUGUAGCCGAGGCGUUGGAUUAUCUCCAUCUAGAUGCUCAGCAUGUAAUCCAUAGGGAUGUUAAAUCGUCAAACAUUUUGUUAUCUGAUGAUUUUGAACCGCAGUUGUCAGAUUUUGGGCUGGCUAAACGAUCGUCAAACUCGUCGCAUGUAACCUGUACAGAUGUUGCAGGAACCUUCGGUUACCUGGCUCCUGAAUAUUUCAUGUACGGCAAGGUAAAUGACAAGAUUGAUGUCUAUGCCUAUGGUGUGGUACUCCUUGAACUUAUUUCCGGGAGAAAACCGAUAAGCACCAAGUAUCCGAAAGGACAAGAAAGCCUGGUCAUGUGGGCAAGGCCAAUUUUAAUCGAUGGGAAGGUGUCUCGAUUACUUGAUCCUACCUUGGGAGGUAACUACAACCAGGACGAGAUGGAGCGUGUGGUUCUUGCAGCGAGCCUUUGUAUCAGACGUGCCCCACGAGCGAGACCUCCAAUGAGCCUUGUUCUAAAACUUCUCCAAGGUGAUGCAGAUGUAACCAAGUGGGCGAGGCAACAGAUCAAUGCUCUAGGGGAUUCCAACACUCUAGAUGAUGAAGUAUGUCCUCGAUCCGAUAUCCAAUCACACCUCAAUCUUGCACUGCUCGAUGUCGAUGAUGACUCGCUCUCCUUGAGCAGCAUUGAACAUAGUAUCUCAUUAGAGGACUAUUUACAAGGCAGAUGGAGCCGUUCAUCAAGUUUCGACUAACAACCUCAACUGAAACAACUACGGUAGCUUUCAUGAGUGCCUUCAAUUUGUGUGUGUUUAGUAUAUAUUCUUUUGUUUUACUUACAUCCCCUCUUUGUAUUUUCUCUGACAUACCUAUGAAUGGGUGAAGGAUGAGAGGAUGUUUGUGGUUUACCCUCCUCCCUCCAUUUUAGGCCUUCUUUCUUUUUAUAACUCCAUUAUUUCUACCUGUAAAAAGAGUUCAUCAGGUUGAAAAAUGGAUUUUGUUGUAAUGUCUGAUAGAUUAUUAUACAUAUUUGUGAACUUAGUCCAUUGCUCUUCAUAGCUUAAGCAUUGGCAAUAAGAGUACCAGAGCAGUUUUGCUUCCUAAUUCUUUGUA